AGUAGUAACAUGUUAAAUUAAAGUAAUAAAUAUUUACAUUUCCAAGUGUCGGUGGUUGAAAAAUUUUUAAUAAAUUAAGUACUUCCAUUUAUGAACGUCUAGAUUAUAUUAACUACUAAUGGAUGUAAAAGGCACUCAAGUGCAUACCACGGCAAAGGAAUCCAAACGCAGGAGUGGACCCUGUCCGUGGCUUUGUAACCCGGUACCAAUUAACGUACCGGUUCCUGGUCAAGCACAAGCAGUUAUACAUCCUAGAAAAGAUGUCUUUGUUCUAAAGGUUGCAAAAAUAGGACCCACCGGUGACCGUCGUUGUAAAAUGGAGCUCGAGCUAGUGACCCCUAAGGGACCGGAAAAGCCCGUCCCAAUCCGCCACGACACCCGGGAGGUUCAAUGUGAAGCCGAACCUGACCCUUGCUGUUGCACCAAACCAAAAAAGAAAAGGAAAUAAAUUCUGCACUAUAUAAAUAUUAAAAAUUUCAAAUAUCAGUUGUUGAAAA